GGGCUUAGCUGUUCACUUUAAUUCCCACUUGGGGCCAAAGAUCAAUAGGGAAACAUUUAACGAGGCUAUCACUAUGAGACUACGAUGCAGAAAACAUAUCGACUAGAUGCACCCCAACCUGGCUGAGGUUUACUUGGAUCUUGGUCAGUUUGGACUCAUCGAAAGAGCAAAUAUGAAGAUGUGAGAAGUAUGGACAUUUCAAAAACCAAGUUUAAACAUGCUAAAUCUGUGACGCCCAGACGCCCAGGAUUCACUGAUGAUGGUGGCACAGUGAAUCACAUGAAUCGCUCAUUGACACGUUAUAAGGGAACUCGGACGUUUGCCAUUAGCAGUACCUACAGUUUGCACUCUUUGGGUCGGUCGCAAAGCUCAAGGUCUUUCGUAGCAGCACUAAAUAGCGAAAAUAUGUCUCCACCAAUGUCUCAGAAGAAAACCUUUACAUCCAGUAGAAACUCUGGACGAAACAUGAAAUCAACACAAAGGCGGUUCGCCUUGAAGAGCGCCCCAGUUAGAUCCUUUUUUCCGCAUUCAGGCCGGAUGGAGCAGAAAAUGAUGUUUACCGACGGAUUACCCAAUAGCCUGAAGUCGUCGAGCCUGGGAUUACCAAGUUCGAAACAAUCCAGGGUGCAGACGAGAGCCAUUAGUUCUGGGCGCACAUCGUCCGUGUCCAGCACCACGACACCUCGUACCGCCACUGUUGGUCGAUACUUUGACAGCCACAAUGGACUCUCCAGGUUGAACUCAUUCAAAUAUUCCCAGUUUCCUCAUGUGACGUCUGAUUGGGAUGCACCGUUACUUCACAUCAAGCAAGUGAUUCUUUACCAUAAGGAUGACUUCCUAAGCAGAAUGCGGCCUGAAAGUUUAGACUAAUCUAAACAGAAGUUAGACCAGAUGGUUCCAUUUGACAGUAGUACAUUGCCAAUGUUGAAAAGUGUUCAUUCUCAAUAGAUCUAUAUUCUAGAAGAAGCAUUUCGUUUGUGCUGACAUAUAUAUAUAUAUAUAUAUAUAUAUAUAUAUAUAUAUAUAUAUAUAUAUAUAUAUAUAUAUAUAUAUAUAUAUAUAUAUUUAGUGUUAGAGUUUAUUUAGUGUCAGAUGGACGACUAUUUAUUCAUUUACGUUAAUUCAGCACUCGGGCAGUGGCGUCACUAAGGGGACAGUGCAUGGGGCGACACUCAUCAAGGGAAAAAAAAUGAUAUAAUGGGUUAAGUUUUUUUUUUUUUUUUUGGGGGGGGGGGUCACGUGGGAAGAGAGGAACUUUUGAGUUAUCCGUACCGAGUGACACCAAACUUAGCGACGCCUCUUUUCUGGAGUUUAGCUUUAUCAUUUAUCAUGUUUUCAUCUCUCUAAACGUAUUCAGCAUUCGCUUUUGAUCAAUUUCAGAAGUUCCGGGGAAAUAUGUGUAAAAGAAAAUAAAAAAAAAAUUUUUGUUAAGCACCUAGUAUUCAGGUUUGUCUUAAAAUAAGUUCAAUUUAGUUGAAUAAAAUCUAAAAUAGAAACAACGCUUUAUGAAAUGUUGGCGCGACUAUUAACAUAAAAAAGCUCAAAUAUCUAUGAUUGAAUGCGCAAAUCUCCCAAUGAAGAGGACAUUGUGCAAAUUAAAUCUUAAGUAGUUUAUUUUCUCUAUAGUUUCGUUCAUUCUUCGUGAUAGUAUUGUUUGGUCAUGCCGCCAUUUCGCGAAUAUGUACUUGCUCCAUAACGUUUGAGAUUCAUCGGAUUUCGUGGCAUCAUGGUAAGCAGAAAUCACCAAGUGUCACCGACAUAGAAUUUACUUAAUUUAUACAGCAUGAGAGACUCACUUUCACCAAUGAAUUGUUCAUAUUGAAAAAAAAUAAGUUUUUAAACUAAUGUACACAUCGUAAAGUUCACAUUGUUACAUUAAACCUUUACACUACUAAA